AUGCUUGAAUGUCUCAAGCUCUACGCUGGUCCUCAACACUUGAUAGCAAAGCGCAAGAAGCGUGUCGCAGAUUACGCCCGACUUCAGGCGAUGCAGCAAAAGGGUCAGAAACCCGAUGCCAAAACCGCCGAUGCCGCAGAAGUCUACGAGGCGCUCAACGAGCAACUCAAACUCGAUCUUCCUCGACUCUACACGCUGCAGUCGGAAUUGGUCAGAGCUUGUCUGAACACCCACGUCUACCUCCAAUCUCAAUGGUGGUGGCUCUGGAAGGAGAAGCUCGCACCGGUUGUUGACUUUGCAUACGCUCGUUAUACCGAGAUCGAGCCAGCCUUUGCCGAAGAGUACGAGUUUGUUCACUCGCAAGUGUUGUCUCUUGGUGUUUGUAACGGUGCAUUGCUUGCCGACACGUUCAACUUCCUGUCACCUCAGACCACUCUGGUUGGCGACGAAACCGUUUCCUCUCAAGCUUCUACACGACGUCCCUCGAUCUUGCCCAGCGGUCAUAGGACCAUGUCCAUCGGCAGCGAGAAUCAGCCGCUUUUUACUCCCACUGACUUCAACAAGUCUUUCAAUUCAGCAACGGCAUCUCCGGUACUGCCUGAUUCGGGCCAGCCCGGCGAUUACGGUAGAAUGCGAUCUAGUUCAUCUCUCUCUACUCGUGGUCGCGCUCCUAGUGUGGGUGCAAGCCAGAACAACAGUCUUCCUCCAUCGCGUAUGCCCAGCAUCGUACCCAAGGCUUCAUUCUCUGCCAACAGACCAUCGACCGCACAACGUCCUGCAGAUCUAAAGAGCAUGUCCUCGCGUAUGAGCUUGGACACUACGAAGCGCAGUCCUAGUGUACGCCCUGGCUCCGCGGUGAGCUCUCAACAGCAGCAACAAGAACCUCGCUUUUCUGGAAUGUUCAACUCGGCCAUGCCUAUGUCUGACAUCCCUGUCAGUCCCGGCCCAAUGUCACCACAGCAUGCACCAAUCGACACGCCCGUGAUGUUUGUGGCCGCUAGUCUUUUCGAGUUCAAUAUCGACCGAGCCAGACGUGAAGCAGGCUAUCCGUACUUGACCUACGUUGAAGGUGAAGUGUUUGACGUCGUAGCGCAAAAGGGCGAGCUGUGGCUUGCAAAGAACCAAGACGACCCAACAAACUCACUUGGAUGGAUCUGGGAACAGCACUUUGUCAUCCUUUCCCAAGAAUCUUAG